AUGUCGCCCGCACGAACCGAAGUGGACCGAUCGAGUGGAGACAAAGAGGCAGCUUUCUGGUCCGCACAGGAGGAUGGCUCUGAGACAAAGCCUUAUGGCGCAGCCACAGCCCAACAAGAAGCUGCUCGACAAAAGGAUAUUGAAUUUCGCCAGAAAUUUGGUGAUGCUGGUCCCCUUGGUCUCUCUGGAUUUGCCUUCGCGACGUUUUUAACAGCCUUGGUCAAUCUCAAUGUUCACGGCGUGACUGUUCCCAAUAUUGUCAUUGGACCAGCUCUGGCUUAUGGAGGCCUCGCUCAAUUACUUUCUGGCAUGUGGGAUAUCGCCAAUGGCAAUACAGUCAGCGCCACUAUUGCCUGCUCGUAUGGCUGUUUCUGGAUCUCUUUUGCCAUUAGUAUGAUCCCCAGCUUCCACGUCAGGGAUGCUUACCCCAGCCUUGCCGACUACAACCACGCCAACGGACUAUUUCUUAUGGGAUUCUUCAUCUUCUCAGUGGCCAUAACUCUGUGCUCUAUGAAGUCGAAUGUCUUUUCUCUGGCGCUUUGCCUUCUUGUCAAUUGCACCUGGCUCUUCCUCGGGGUGGCUAACCUCUGCACUGAAGAGUCGGGAGCUCCUAAUAACGUGCUCCUCAAGUGCGGCGGUGUGACUGGCUUGUUGGUUUCAUUCACGGCGUGGUAUCUUAUGUAUGAAGGUCUGGCAAACAGACAGAACAGGUAA